ACUCCUCUGUACCUUUGUGCAUUUACUAUUAUAGGUUUUAAUUACAGAGAAGAAGUUGGAAGCAACGGCAGGCCGAACGUAUCGCAGAGUCAGGAAACCUCUCUCUGAAAGCACCGGUGCGGUCUGUUCCUCCUCCUUCUCCUCCUACUCUCGUGCCAUGGCGUUGAGGACGGUGACAAGGAAGCUCAGGAGUAAACUGUUGCCCAUGUUUUAUUCUUCUUCUUCUUUAUUACAUUCUCAUGCCACAAGUUUUGGAUUUAAAGAGGUAAGGGAAGAAGAAAAAAGUCAAAUGGUUGGUAAAGUCUUCAGCAAUGUUGCUACAAAUUAUGAUCUUAUGAAUGAUUUGAUGAGUGCUGGACUACACAGAUUAUGGAAGGAUAGACUAGUUUCAAAACUGAAUCCAUUUCCUGGUAUGAAGCAUCUUGAUGUGGCUGGUGGGACAGGUGAUGUUGCUUUCAGGAUUCUAGAAACCAUAAGGUCUGUUAAACGUAGAGGAAUGCAAGAUGUUCUUGAAGAUGAGUUACAAGAAGAGACUCAGAUUUAUGCAUGUGAUAUCAACCCUAACAUGUUAAAUGUUGGUAAAAAGCGGGCUUUAGAGAAUGGUCUUGGAGAAGACCGGUCUCUUGUAUGGGUAGAGGGAGAUGCAGAAGCCUUGGGUUUUGGUAAUGAUUCAAUGGAUGCUUACACAAUUGCAUUUGGUAUUAGGAACGUCACACACAUAGAGAAAGUUCUGUCUGAAGCUUAUAGGGUGCUCAAACGAGGUGGAAGAUUCCUUUGCCUUGAACUGAGUCAUGUAAACAUUCCAGUAUUUAAGGAAUUGUAUGACUACUAUUCAUUCUCAAUCAUCCCGGCCAUGGGAGAGUUAGUUUCAAGCGAUCGGGAAUCCUAUCAGUACUUAGUCGAGAGCAUUCGCCGUUUUCCCCCCCAGGAGACCUUCGCUUCGAUGAUUGCAGAUGCAGGUUUUCAGAAUGUUGAAUAUGAAAAUCUUGUUGGAGGAGUGGUUGCCAUCCAUUCUGGAUUAAAAAUUUAGUGAUGGAUUCUGUAUUUAUUUUGAUCUCGGUAUACGGAUAGGAUAUACCAAACAAUUUUUUUGUUAUUGAGGCUAAAUUUUGUCUUCCUCUAAUUCCUGUAACUACAAAUUACAAUAGGUGAAGACUUGUUUUAGUAUGGGAAAAAAUGCGUUUAAAUAGGCGCCAAUUCUUCCUUCAGAAAGGGAAAAAAAAGCACCAAAUUUAAUAAGUUUAUUGGAUGUUAUUUGUAUAUAUAUUUCAGAACUAAUUCAGGCCUAAGGAGGUAUUAUAUGUAGCAGUGAAUUUGUUUUCCUUACUUCCUGGGGAAGUUUUUAUUUUAUUUAUAAGUAUGAGCAUAUUAUUGGAUUA